UGGUGUGGUUCUUGCUGAUAACCGCCUGCAUACAUUGUACUUUGACCACAGCAGGUUGUUGUGAGUCAAUGAGGAUUGCACUUUGACGAACUCUGGCAAAAGACUGCUCCUGGUUUGGAGGAUCUCCACUGCCACCAUGUCAACAUCUGUACAGGUAGAUCCAGUCAUGGAGAGGAGUUACGGAGGAGUCGGCCGCUGCAAGUGCUCGUUCUGGUUCGCAGUGGCCCACGACAUAGUCGGUGUCUUCAUCAUGAUGGUGGGGGUGUUUGGAGGGCUGGUUAUCCACGAUUUGUUUAUCUACGCGGGGGCUAUCAUCAUCUUCUUCAGCUUGAUCUGGUGGGUGUUCUGGUACUCCGGGAACAUCGACGUGCCACCCGAAGAGCUGGAGGACGACGUGGGAAUGAUCAAACUGAAGAACAGCGGACUCAGCCGGGUGGUGAGGCGCGUGUCCGACCGCCUCUCCAGCAGGAUCAGGAACUCUUUCAGAAAGAACGACAGGUACACCAGAGAAGACCCCACAGGCAACAGCAGACCUUCAAACACCGGCACAGAGGUGUCGCUCUCCACUAUCUACGACACCACCUUCGCCUCCUCAUCUAAAGAACUUGUGAGAGAGACAUUGUCAGUAUGAACUAACCCAUCACAGACUGUAAAUGACACAGAGAGACACACCGAACUUGGAUCUUUAUAUUUGUUUCCUUUUCUUGUCAGUUUAUUCUGUUGAAAGGGAAUUUGUGUUUGCUCUGCUAUCAUGCACUUGUAAUGAUUAGACAACACUGAAGUCUAGAAAACCUCCACAUGUUCUUAUCUAGCUGAUAAGAUGUAAACUUUGCACACUAUAACAGAAUUGCAAAUGGCUCUGAUUGUGAAACCACUAUCCACUAUCACUAUUUUUGUCAUGUUAUCAUAAGUCAUGUUUGGUUGAUUCACAGAUAUUGCAGAGUAAGGAUGUGGUGACUGUAAAUAGAACAAUAAAGGGUAAGAUAAGGGAUUUAUUAAGUCAAGUCAAGUCAAUUUUAUUUGUAUAGCCCAAAAUCACAAAUUUGCCUCAGGGGGCUUUACAAUCUGUAUAGGAUACGACACAGUCUGUCCUUUACAGUACGACCCUCUU